AUGGGAUUGUCUUUUCGUGGUCAUGAUGAAUCUGAUGAGUCAAAUAAUAGGGGGAAUUUCAUUGAACUUGUCAAAGUUGCAGCUUCUCUGAAUACUGAUAUUGAUAAUGUUGUAUUAAAAAAUGCUCCUAGGAAUCUUGAAAUGCUUGCCCCUAGUAUUCAAAAAAAUAUCGUAAAAGCAUGUGCUGUGGAAACAACAAAAGUUAUUAUUGAAGAACUUGGGGAUGACUUGUUUGGUAUUUUAGUUGAUGAACCUAGUGAUGUUUCCACUAAAGAACAACUGGCGGUUGUGUUACGCUUUGUUAAUGAUCGGGAGUUUCUUAUAGAGCGGUUUCUUGGGGUUGUCCAUGUUGCCAAUACAUGUUCUAUAUCUCUGAGAUCUGUUGUUGAAUCUUUAUUGUUGGAACAUGGCUUGAGUUUGUCAAGGAUACGUGGACAAGGUUAUGAUGGAGCAAGCAACAUGCGUGGUGAAUUUGGUGGCCUUAAAUCACUGAUUUUGAAAGAAAAUAAAUCGGCUCAUUAUGUCCAUUGUUUUGCUCACCAAUUGGAACUAACACUUGUAGGAACUGCAAAAAAUCAUGUUGAUGUUAUUUGGUUCUUUGAUGUUGUUUCCGAUAUAAUUAAUGUGAUUGGAUCUUCUUGUAAGCGAAGAGAUCCCCUUCGAGAAAUGCGUGCAAUGAGACUUGCUGAGGCAAUAAAUAAUGGUGAGAUCAAAACUGGAAAAGGGCUAAAUCAAGAACUUGGACUCAAGAGACCAGGUCAUAGGAAGAAUGCACGUGGAAUAAUGACUUCAUUAUGUUCAUUUGACUUUGCUUUUAUCUUGCACUUAAUGAUAGAUAUUUUGGGAAUCACAAAUGAGUUGUCAUUAGCUUUGCAAAGAGAGGAUCAAGAUAUUGUCAAUGCGAUGCACUUGGUGGAAACAUCAAAGAAGCGUCUCCAAUUGUUGAGAGAUGAUGAAUUUGAAGAGUUACUCGAGAAGGUAUAUCAAUAUUGUUAUGGUCAUGAUAUUGAUAUACCUAAAAUGGAUGAUAUUUAUGUGACUCCAAGAAGAUCAAAGCGAAGAGCUCCACAAAUCAGUUUUGCACAUCAUUAUCGUGUCGAGGUGUUCUAUGCUAUUAUUGAUUUGCAGCUUCAAGAGCUAAAUACUCGUUUCAAUGAAAUUAAUACAGAGUUGCUUCUCUGUGUUGCUUACUUGAGUCCUAAGGACUCAUUUCAUGCUUUUGAUGUGAUAAAAUUGGUAAGAAUGGUAGAGUUUUAUCCAUAUGAGUUUGAUUCAGGGGAUGCUAGAGCACUUUCUUCCGAAUUGAGAAACUAUAUCACUGAUGUGCGACAACGUGAUGAGUUUCAAGGUCUUCGGGGUAUUGGCGAUCUUUCACAAGUAAUGGUUCAAACCAAGAAGCAUUUGAUCUAUCGAUCAGUUUUUUUACUUAUAAAGUUAGCAUUGAUUUUACCUGUUGCAACAGCAAGUGUGGAGAGAGUCUUUUCUGCCAUGAAGUAUGUCAAGUCCGAAUUGCGCAAUAAGAUGUGUGAUGAAUUUUUAAAUGAUUGUAUGGUAGCAUAUAUAGAAAGAGAUAUAUGUGCGACCAUUAGCAAUGAAACUAUUAUGCAACGGUUUCAAAGAAUGAGACCCCGUCGAGGAGAGUUACCUUAA